AUGGGUGGUACCAUCUUUCCUGUGUCUUACCAGAAAUACCUGUGGCAGGACCCUCCCCUUGUAGCAAGCAGAUUGUCGCGGGUAGUUUGGGCCAGCUGUCCUGGCGUGGAAUUUCCCGAAUUCAACAAAUCCUCCAAGAAAUCCAUCCAUCCAUCCAUCCAUCCAUACGUGGCAGAUUAUGAAGUAUGGAUCAUUACUUUUGGGAUGUGGAUAUAUUCAGUGAACAAGGAGCAGCUUGCAAGAGCUGGAUUUUAUGCUUUAGGUGAAGGUGAUAAAGUAAAGUGCUUUCACUGUGGAGGGAGGGUAACUGAUUGGAAGCCCAGUGAAGACCCUUGGGAACAACAUGCUAAAUGGCAUCCAGGGUGUAAAUAUCUGCUAGAACAGAAGACAUGAGAAUAUAUAAACAAUAUUCAUUUAUCCUAUUCACUUGAGGAGUGUCUGGUAAGAACUGUUGAAAAAACACCAUCACUAACUAGAAAAAUUGAUACCAUCUUCCAUAAUCCUAUGGUACGAGAAGCUAUAUGAAUGGGGUUCAGUUUCAAGGACAUUAAGAAAAUAAUGGAGGAAAAAAUUCAGACAUCUGGGAGCAACUAUAAAUCACUUGAGUUUCUGGUUGCAGAUCCAGUGAAGGCUCAGAAAGAUAGUACACAAGAUGAAUCAAGUCAGACUUCAUUGCAGAAAGAGAUUAGUACUGAAGAGCAGCUAAGGCGCCUGCAAGAGGAGAAGCUUUGCAAAAUCUGUAUGGAUAGAAAUAUUCCUGUCAUUUUUAUUCCUUGUAGACAUCCAGUCACUCGUAAACAAUGUGCUGAAGCGGUUGACAAAUGUCCCAUGUGGUACGCCGUCAUUACGUUCAAGCAAAAAAAUUUUAUGUCUUAAUCUAAUGCUAUAGUAGGCAUGUUAUGGUCUUAUUACCCUGAUUAAAUGUGUGAUGUGAACUGACUUUAAGUAAUCAGGAUUGAAUUCCAUUAGCAUUUGCUACCAAGUAGGAAAAAAAAUGUAAAUGGCAGUGUUUUAGUUGGCAAUAUAAUCUCUGAAUUUCUGGAUUUUUCAGUUAUUAGCUGUCUUAUUUGCUGAAUUGUUUUUACUGUUAUUUAAUUGAAACCCUAGACUAAGAAGCAUCAUAUUAUAACUGAUCACAAUGUGUAUUCACAGUACAUUGACUUAAUUUCUAAGUGUAAGUGAAUUAAUCAUCUGAAUUUUUUAUUCUUUUCAGAUAGGCUUAAUGAAUAGAACAUUCUGUAUAUAAAUGUGGAGAUUAGAGUUAAUCUUUCCAAUCACAUAAUUCGUUUUGUGUGAAAAAGGAAUAAAUUGUUCCAUGCUAGUGGAAAGAUAGAGAUUAUUUUUAGAGGUUUGUUGGUGUUGUGUUUUGGGAUUCUGCCCGUUUUCUUUUAAAAUUGUAAAUAUGUACUUGUGUGAAUGAUUUUUAAAGUGAUUUUGCCAUUUUUGGAAGGGCAUUUAAUGAUAGAAUAUCAUUGAGCCAACAUGCACUGACAUGCAAAGAUGUCAAAGAUAUAUUAAGUGUAAAAUGCAAGCAGGAAAAUACUAUGUACAGUCUGAGCCAAAUCAAAGCAUGUAUGUUUUUUAUAUGUGUAGAACAAAAGGUUUGGAAAGAUAUGCACCAAAUUGUUAAAUGUGGUUUCAUUUGAGGGGGUGGGGGAAUGGGCCCCAGAGGGGCUUUUGUAGGGGGCCUU